AUGGGCUUGGGACGCGGCCCUCGCUUGCAGAAGACAGUACGACAGGCAGACGGCGAGCUGUGAGAUACUGUCGACACAAGCAAGAAACGCCUGGCUUAUAACGUCGUAAUACAAGAAGAACUAGAAGAUUGAGCCAUGAGGAGCUGUCUGUUGCUGCUCCCAGCCCUGCUGCUGCUGCUGGCCCUGCCCGACACCAGGGGGCGCUACAAUGAUGAGUUUGACGACGGGGAGGACCUAGCUGAGUUUGAUGAUAACGACUUUGCUGAGUUUGAGGAUGUUAGCGAGGACCCAACAGUGGAGACUGAAAGCGAGCCUCCACCAAGGCCAGCGCCAUCAUCCUCGCCUGUAGAAGAUGAUGAAGAUGAAGCCACAGUGGAAACUGAGGAUGGGCAAGACGAGUUUGAAGAUGCAGAUGCACAGGAUCAGGAUAUGUUCAACAAGUAUGACCAAGAGGAAUUUGAGGGUUAUGAGUCUAAGUCUAACCCGUCCUUCAAGGACACGCUCAUCUAUCGAGAGGUCCCAGCACAUCUCCAGAAUAGCUGGGAGAGCUACUACAUGGAGAUCCUGAUGGUCACUGGCCUCCUUGCCUACAUCAUGAAUUACAUCAUUGGCAAGAACAAAAACAGCAGACUUGCUCAGGCAUGGUUUAACUCUCAUAGAGAGCUGCUGGAGAGCAACUUUGCCCUUGUUGGUGAUGAUGGUACGAGUAAGGAAGCCACCAGCACGGGGAAGCUAAACCAAGAGAAUGAACACAUCUAUAAUCUGUGGUGCUCAGGACGUGUCUGCUGCGAGGGCAUGCUCAUUCAACUGAAGUUUCUGAAAAGACAGGACCUGCUGAAUGUAUUGGCCAGGAUGAUGAGGCCAACCUGUGAUCAAGUGCAAAUCAAAGUUACUCUGAAUGAUGAAGACAUGGAUACGUUCGUAUUUGCUGUGGGCAGCCGGAAGGCAAUGGGCCGGCUGCAGAAGGAGAUGCAGGACCUGAGUGAGUUCUGCGGAGAUAAGCCCAAGUCGGGGGCGAAGUACGGCCUCCCUGACUCUCUGGCCAUCCUAUCAGAGAUGGGCGAGGUCACGGAUGGAGUGAUGGACAGUAAGAUGGUACAUUACAUCGUCAACCAUGCCGACAAGAUUGAGUCCAUCCAUUUCUCGGACCAAUUUUCUGGUCCAAAAGUUAUGCAAGAGGAGGGCCAGCCUUUAAAGCUCCCUGAGACCAAGAAAACGCUGCUGUUUACAUUUAAUGUGCCUGGGAUGGGUAACACAUCUCCCAAAGACAUGGACAGUCUGCUGCCCCUGAUGAACAUGGUGAUCUACAGCAUUGACAAAGUCAAGAAGCUGCGCCUCAACAGAGAGGGAAAGAUGAAGGCUGAUAGGAACCGUGCCCGUGUGGAGGAGAACUUCCUGAAGCAGACUCACGCUCAGAGGCAGGAGGCAGCCCAGACUCGUCGAGAGGAGAAGAAGAGAGCUGAGAAGGAAAGGAUUAUGAACGAGGAGGACCCUGAGAGGCAGCGCCGUCUAGAGGAAGCUGCCCAGCGUCGUGAGCAGAAGAAAAUGGAUAAGAAGCAGAUGAAGAUGAAGCAGAUUAAAGUGAAAGCCAUGUAAAAACAUAUACAAACACACACACACACUGCUUCCACAGCUCCUGGCAUCUGAGAAUGUAUCCACUACUUCCAUUGCUCCUGCCUGAACCCGAACCUGCCGUCGGACCCUCUCGGAUUUUUAUUUGCAUGCAUGAAUCUUUUUGAUUUGCUGCUUUGCCCCACUUAAACUCUCUGUCCAGUCAGCUUAAUCAGUCACUGCCUUGUUAAUGGAGUAGUCUGCUCUGUUGGAGACCAGUGCUUUAGAGAGUAGCCAAAAAUACUAACCAAAUGUACUAAUAUAUUGCCCAGUAAUAUAGAAUAUAGAAACAUUUAUUUUGCAGGACUUUUCCAAAACAGAUUAUUAGUCUAAACAAAUUUGUGAAAAAUUAAAGAGGUGAAAUAGGGAACCUGCAUAAAACACAAGGGGAAUACCUUUUUCAACCAGCAGCAAGAGGAACAUCAGAGAAACAUUUCUGGCACUAAUCUACUCUUUAUUCUCUGUUUGAAGAAGAUCAGAGACUUAUAUUGACCUUGUCUCCUCGAGGUCAAUAUCUGACCAAACUCUGUUAAAUGGAGUACAAUCAAAUUUGUAAUCCAAUUUAUUCAGUGCAGUUAACACAGCGUUAAGAUUUCCCUUUUUAUAUUCCAUUAAGCUGAACAAAACUCUUUGCCUGUGUCUUUAAAGUUAUACUCCAGCAUUUUUCAGUCUGAUUUCUUUCUGCCCCAUCUGUAUUGUAUGGUUAAAUCAGUAAUUUAAUGCAAUUUCUCUUUGCUAAGAAAAGAAGAGAAAAAUAACUGUCUCAGAAAAUCUGUUCUAAUAUUGACCAGUGAGUGUGUUCAUAUGGAGUUCAGUAUCUGAGCAUCUUGAUUUCUUAGAUUGGAGUAAGAUCUAACUUAAAGUCUGAGUAAAAAAUUAAGUUUGAUCAAGAAGCCUUUAACAACAGAACACUUUUACAGCAACUGUGAAACUGAACGAUUUGAAGAAUCCUCUUUUUUUUAUACUUAAUGUAUAUUGAUAGGGUGGUUUGAUGUUAAAAGUGAGUACAUUGGCUGGUUGCAAAAUGUUCUCAUUAUUUGAUUAUUUAAUGAACUAUGAUCUUUACAAAGUUAUACUUAUGAGGUUUUGUCUAAUUAUCUUUUAAUACUAUAAGAAACAGUUCAGAUUACUUUCACUUUGUUUAAGAAUUGCUGUUAUCUAUAGUGAUGAGGUAUUUAUGCAUAUAUGUAGAGUAGACUGUAUACAAACUCUUUUUAUGAACUAUUUUUGAGGCAGUAGCUUUAGUGGUGAUUCCUUGGUGGCAGAAAUACAUCAGAAUUGUCCUCCACAAGACUCUACUUCAUAAUACAGAUGUGUCAGCGAGAGAUUAAGUUCAGGAAAUGCUGGAGUAUUUAUUUAUUUGAACAAAAAUCCUGUGUGCAGUAGGAAAAGGGGGUGUGUGGCAGAUGUUCCUUUUACCCUUUGCUUCACCUGUUCUUUCCCAUUCUCCUACCCUUGUCUUGGAGCUGUAGCCAUGCUGCUUUUAUCAGCUGAUUCUGGGAGCGUUUUUAACAGGAAGCACAUGCUGUGUUUUGUAAUAAUGCACGCUUCCCUGUCCCUUCUUUCGCAAGUCUUUCGAUUCAAACUCUUUUAUACACAAAUGAUGAGACAGUUUUUUAUGAUGUGAGUAAAGGCUCGGCAUGUCUGCUUGUCCUUGUUGAGCAAAUGCAAUCUGUGUAUGUAUUUAAUAUAAGUAACGUUUUUAAUUUAUCUUAAGUGUGCGCUUCCUCUCGGCAUCACGUGGACGUGUUCACGCUGGUGCUUACUGAGAGAAGCCCUUCCCUUCUACCUGUUUCUGUAAUGUUUGUCUUUUUCCUCAGAGACGGUGAGCAAAUCGAAAUAAAAAUGUGCACUGAACAGAUUAA